AUGCCCGAUGUAUCCAGCCCUGGCGAGGCCAUGUUUAACUUGUCCACGUAUCCCGACUUGCCUUCAAAGUACCAGUUACGCCAGCUCUUAGGCGAAGGUGCUUUUUCUUCCGUGUACAAGGGUGUCAAGACUGACCUGAAAGAGCAAGUAGCCAUCAAGAUCAUCAACAAAACAAACCUCACGCUGAAACAACUAAACAACAUCCAGAAUGAAAUCAACAUCAUGAAUAAGCUUACAAACGCUGGUGGCCACGUGAAUAUCCUCCGUUUGAUCGAAUCCUUUGAGCUGGAAGAGAACUGUUUCCUUGUUUUGGAGUACUCCGAUGGUGGCGAGAUCUUCAACAAGAUUAUCGAAUACACCUACUUCUCUGAAAACUUGGCCAAGCACGUCUUCUUCCAGUUGCUUAACGCCAUCCGCUUUUUGCACCAAAACAACGUCGUUCACAGAGACAUCAAACCAGAAAACCUUCUUUUCAAUAGAAUCCCUCAUGUUCCACGUACGGAGUUGGAAAUCAAGAAGGCCCUCCGUGCUUCUGAUGAUGAAUCUAAGAAGGAUGAAGGUGUUUUCAAGCCAGGUGUUGGUGGUGGCGGUAUUGGUACCAUCAAGCUUGCCGAUUUCGGCUUAGCUAAGCAGUUGAGAUACGAUAUUGCUGCCCCUGGCAAGAAGCAGAGUAACUUGAAAACGCCUUGCGGAACCGCCGGUUACACCGCUCCUGAAGUUAUACAUUGCGGUGUGGAGAGAAAGAGAAGAUUCAAGAGCUCAACCUCAAAGAGCAACUUCUAUUCCAAAGCUGUGGACAUCUGGUCUCUUGGCUGCUUCCUUUACACCGUUCUCUGUGGCUUCCCACCUUUCUACGAUGACAACCAUGAUGUUCUUACUCACAAAAUCAUCACCGCUGACUAUGUGUUCUUGGAGCCAUGGUGGGAUGAGGUGAGCGAAGAUGCCAAAGAUUUGAUCUCCAAGAUGCUUGUGGUCGACCCAGAGGCUCGUAUCACCCUUGAUGAGAUCUACGAACAUCCAUGGCUUGCAGAUGCCGUGUCGCUCGAAGGCUCUAGUUACUUCCCUGAGUCUACUCCAAGUGAUAGCAACAACGAUACCUUGACCGUUGACAACGCUGCCAAGAGCGAUACGCACUCAAACGGUGGUCUCAAGUCCCCUGGUGGAAUCCUUACGCCUGGUGCUGCCAUCAGAUCCGUGUUCAACAAUCCUGCCAUGUCUCAUGUUAACUUGAAACUGUUAGCACACCACCAGCGCCAUCUAGAUCCUAAGGAAGGCGUUGACCCUAGAGACGUGAAAUUCAACGCGGAAUCUGGCAAAGGGCAGCACAGAAAAUCUAGUUUACCCAAGACUCCUAACCCUAUGGAGAAUGUAAACUUUAAGGAUGUGUUUGAAAAGGGCGGCGACUCUGACUCUGACGAGUUAUCUUCAGAUGUCGCUGACUUUGAUUCAGACGAAGAAGAAGAGGAAGAAGAAGUUGGCGACGAAGAUGUCGACGAUGAAGAAGAAGAAGAAGCUGAAGGAGAGGAUCAAGAGGGCGUUGGCGAGUUGAAAGACAAGCUCACGAACUUGAAGCUUCUCUCGAUUCUGUCUACUUCAUCCACGGACUCGUCCAAGCUUCUGCAAAACGAUGAUGACUGUGCCACGAGGUCGUCGUCGGUUAUAAGUGGUGUGAAUGGCGAUUACAAGUUCACAUUGAAUUUGAAUGAUCUGAAUUUACUUAGAAGACGGUCCUCAGUCAAGAGUGGACAGGCAUAA